UCUGCGAUAUUAUUUCUGAUGAUAACAAUCGGCGCCGCCGGUGCUGCUGCGAAUAAUGCGGAGGAAGGAGUUCGGGCUUCGGGCUUUUUAGUGAAGAAGGAGAAGAGGACGACGGUUGUUUCGACCGAGUACGGAGAGAUCUCGGCCGCACGUGCCACCGACAAUAUCAACGGCUCUUAUCUGCUUCACUUCUUCACCUUGGACCCCAAUUCUCUCUUUCUUCCUGUCGUUCUUCACGCUGAUAUGGUUUUCUAUGUCCAUACAGGGAGUGGAAAGUUGAGCUGGACAGAGGAAGAUGAGCUUAGGACCACCGAUUUGAUACGAGGAGAUGUCUACAGACUCGAAGAAGGAUCUGUUUUCUUCUUGCAGAGCAAUUUGGAAACUACCAAAACCGAGCGACAAAAACUUCGAAUUCACGCCAUCUUUACCGAUCCAAUUAAUGCCCUCCACGAACCGAUAACCGGACCUUAUUCUAGCAUCCGCGACAUGGUUCUCGGUUUCGACAGCAAAGUUCUGCAAGCAGCUUUCAAUGUGCCUGCGGAAGUGAUAGACGAAAUAUUGAACGGCACAAAGCCGCCAGCUAUCAUUCACGGGGUGACGAAAACCAAGAAAUCAACUUCUUCAUGGGAGGUGGAAACCCAAUUCGUACGAGCCCUUCUUCGAGGCAAUGUUUAUAACUACAACAUAUUUGAAACGAACAAGAAGAAGAAAAAGUCGAGUGUGAAAUUAUUCAAUCUCUUCAAAGAGAGCAAAGAUUUUGAAAACUGCAACGGGUGGAGCACAACGGUAACAAGAAAGAAACUGUCCGCUUUGAAAGGAUCCCACAUCGGUUUAUUCAUGGUCAACUUGACAACGGGGUCGAUGAUGGGCCCGCACUGGAACCCUACGGCUACUGAGGUGGCGGUGGUGCUACAAGGGAGGGGAAUGGUUAGGGUUGUAUGCGCGAGUGUUUCGAACGAAACGGAGUGCAAGAACAGGAGAUUCGAGGUGGAGGAAGGGGAUGUAUUUGUGGUGCCGAGGUUUCAUCCGAUGGCUCAAAUGGCUUUCAAUAACGGGACUUUGGUUUUUAUGGGAUUUAGCAGUUCGGCGAAGAGGAACCAUCCGCAGUACUUGGCUGGACAGGCUUCGGUUUUCCGAACGUUGGAUAGAGAUGUUUUGGCUCUGGCGUUUGAUAUUUCGAACACGACCUUGGACCAGCUUGUGGGCCCGCAGAAGGAUUCGGUGAUAUUGGGUUGCGUGUCAUGUGCGGAGGAGGAGUUGAGGAUUGUGGAGGAAGAGAGAGAGAAGGAGAGGCAGAGAAAAGAAGAGGAGGCGAAGGAGAGGGAGAAGGAGAGGAAGAGGGAGGAGGAAGAGGCGGCGAAGAAGGAGGAGGAAGAGAGGCAAAAGAGGGAGGAGGAAGAGGAGGAGGCGAAGAAAAAGAAGGAAGAGGUAGAAGUAAAGGAAGUAGUCGAGAAGAGGAUGAAGAGUGGCAGAGAAGAGAGGAGGAGGAAGAGGCGUCGGCGGCAAAGUAAGUAGAUGGAAGAGGAGGAAGAGGCUAGGAGAGAGGAAGUAGAGAGAGUUAGGAGGGAGGAGGAAGAAGCAGAAGCAGCGGCGAAGUAAAAAGAGGAAGAAGAAAGGAAGUGAGAAGAAGAGGAAGCAAUACGGAAGGAGGAAGAGAAAGCGGCUAGGAGUGAGGAAGAAGUGAGAGUAAGACGGGUAGAAGAGGAAGAAGAGUGAGUAAGGCGAAGAGAGGAAAAAGGAGCGAAGAGAAGGGUAGAAAAACAAAGGCAGGAGUGGGAGGUAGAGGAAGCUAGAGAGAGAGAGCAAGAACAAGGGGAAGAGGAGGCUAGAGAGAGAGAAGAGGAAGAGAGGAGAGAGGAUGAAGAAGAGAGACGAAGGCAUCAAGAAGAAGAAGCUAAACGGAGAGAAGAGGAAGAACAAGGAGGAGGGCAGAGCGAAGGUGAACGCGCGGCAGAGGAAGAGAGAAGAAGGGAGGAAGAGGCACAAAGGGAGGAACAAGAACAAAGAGAGAGGGAAAGAGAGGAAGAAGGAGGUGAUGAAUGGAGAGCUGUGUCUUUCUAAUUCGAGUAUAUUCGCAAUUAGUAUUCUGUAAUUUUAGUUUUAAAAAAAAGUGUUAUGUCAUCCCAUCAUCUCCAGCUUUCGGGAUUUUCUGUUAAUCUGAGUUUUGUAGUGUUCUUGUUGAUACCUUCUUUUAAGUUUGAAUAAAAUGUUAAAUGGUUGUUCGUACAGUGUUUUUGUUGGUUUUCGAGUUUCUUGAUUCAUGUUAUAUGCUUCGAGUUCUACUUAAGUCUUUUUUAUUUCGUAAGAAAAAAGAAGAAAAAAAAGUAAUCGCAAAAGUAGUGUCGGUAGUAUUAAUCAUUCGUGCAGGUUAAACACUUC